UUUGAGAACCACUGGCCUAAAGAAGCAUAAAAUAUGAAUAUUCAAGUAAGUACCUUAAAAAUAGUCUAUAGCCUUCAUUCCCCAAAUGUAUUUUCCACCACCUCUGGUUUAUAAACCAUUACCUACUUUUCCUUUCCUUUUUCAUUUCGUUUUUCCAAACGCUUUUUGUGUUUUGGGGGAUUUUUUCCCUUUAAGACGGCCUUUGGGUGGAGUUAACGUGUUCAGGGUGCUGGGUGUAUUUAUAAAGAGAUGAGGAAAGACGCGUCACUCUGACAAAAUGAGUUUCACCUCCCAGUAUUGUUGACAGGAGGGAUGCUGCACAUGGUUCAGUUUGGACUGGGACACUGACUUUUACUGGACACACAGAUUUUCAUUUUCUCUUUGGACACAGAUCGACCGACCCGGCUGUACGGGAUGGAGGAUUAGACUGACUUUCAUGCUCACCGUGGGCUAGGAUGAAGCCGGGAUGAGUUUGAUGGAGCUGACUUGUGUUGGAGCUGUAGACUGAUACCAAACAGAACUUGAUGCUUUUUAACAAUAAAACUGCCUUUCUGCCACAACAUGGCCAGGAGUCAGAAUAACUACUGGGGACAGCAUGACCUCAGCAGAGUGUGCUUUGGCCUGAGUGCUGACAUGGAACACAACCUGACGGAGCUUCAGCAACAGCAAAUAGCCAAGGAAUUUAACCCCAACAUCUCCCUCUCCCAGUCUCCUUUCUACUCUGAUACUUACCGCCUGACGCCUGAAAACAUUCUCCAGCCCCAUGAGGGGGACCAGGUGGUCCCUUCAUCCCAGAGACGGACAAUGUUUGGGGGCCACCAGAGAGAAGCCAAACCCCUGCCUCCUCUGCCUGACCCUGAGGAGCUUAUGUCAGAUGAGGCAGCUGAUAGCGAGGUGGAAUUCUUUACCAGUGACCGACGGCGACUUUUGCCCAAAAGCUGCCCCAAGGCUGUGUGCAGGGGCAGCAAAAGAGGCUGCGGCCAGGUGAAUAAUGCCUAUGAGGAGAGCUCAUUGCGGGCUGGUGGCGCUGGAAUUGGCUCCAUGGCUUUUUCCUGGCCAGGCAGAGAGGACAGGCCAACAGGUAGAGGGGGUGGGUUUGGAGCUGACAACUGGACACUAGCUCCCCAGAGAGAAGACCACCAGCAUGUGGUGUCAGCAGUUGGGGGUACUUUGUGUAACAAACAGCCAGACCAACACCAGUCAUCCAGAUUCCGGUUUUCCUGCUCAGGCCCUGCUUCCCAGCUGUUCCACAGCAGCACCACAACAGUCCCCACUGAAAAGCCACAAAUCCCUCCUCGUAUCCCCAUCCCUCCAAAACCUCCAGCUCUCUCAAAGAGUAUGAGCGCCAACAAAGAGGACAAACCUCCCAAAAUCCCACCAAGGGUCCCUUUAGUCCCACCGUGCCCGCCACGUACCCCAAGCCCAAAAAGCCUUCCAAUUUAUAUCAACGGUGUGAUGCCUGCCACACAGAGUUUUGCUGCUAAUCCAGAAUAUGUGAGUAAGGCAUUACAGAGACAGCAGAGUGAAAGGGCGCCACCUACAGCUCAAUUUUCUCCCUGCAUUGUUCCCAUCUUGAAGGAUGGCAGAAAGGCCAGCGCCACUCACUACAUCCUCCUGCCGCCAGGCCGCCAGGUGUACACGGACAGACGAGAAAGACUCCUGAGUGAACCUGCCAGGACGGGAAACUCCAGCGUCUGGCAGAACAGAUAAAAAUCCUCGCUUAUGUCACUGUGUCUGACACUCAAUGAGGAGAAAACUUUGACUGACAUCAUUAAUAAACAUGUGAUACACUAGUGGACCGAGUGUGUAACAACACCUACAUGCUACAUUCACAUGUCUAAUGUCAUAUUAGUCUUACUUUCAAUGGCUGAUGUAUUUUAAGAUUAUUUAUGUCACACAGCACUGUGAGGUUUUUGUCUGUUUUAAAUGUUUCACCGGUGAGUAUUUUAAAGAUGUCUCCUGGAAAACAUCAUAACAUUCCAGUAUUUUCACUAAUGUAGGAGAAAUAUUUACCUCCCAUAACCAUUUACGGUUUUGGUUAGCUGCAGUUUCUUAUGAGGACAAUAUUUCAUCACUCAUUUAAUUUUACGUCUGACAGCCAUGCAGGCAUAUCGUUAAAACAACUGAUACUAUAUUUCUUACAGGUGAGCAAAUAAUUACUGUAUAUACAAGCUGGGCUUGUAUAAAACUGUUCAUUCCCUGUGUGUUAUUUUUUAAGACAAUGCUGCUUGAAAUCCUGAUUAUAAUGUAUUGAUAGAUUUUAUGUUUUGCAGAAUCAUUCUCACAUUAAGAUAAUAAUGAUUUAUGGUAAACUUAACAAUGAACAAUGUGGCCGAUAUUAGAACACAGUCAAAACACCUUUUAAACUACAGUGCUAUCAAACACUUCAUCUGAUUAAAACUGAAUUUAACUUGUAUUUGUAAUUCAAAGCACAUGCCUUUUGCAGGAUUUUGUGCAUGAGUGCUUAAUUUUUCUUAAAAGCACCUUUUUCAAUUAUGAAAAAGCUGAUUGUCUUAUUUUAAAGUUACAUCAAGCUACAUCCUUCCUGCAAAAUAAUCUACAUUUUAAUUUCAAACAUUGAUUCAUGCUUUUUGUUCUAUGCUCAAGUGCACAAGAUUUAAUUUAUUUAAAAGGUAUUUUCUGUGAUCCCAAAAUUCAAAACACACGACUGAAACCUGCCGUCAUCCUCAAAUUGAUUGACAGGUCUCUUAAUAAACAUAUGAAGAACAAUAGUCAACAACUAAGUCAUUAAUGCUGUCUGAUGCUGUUCAUUUUUGUGUAUUUGUACACAGAGGUAAAAAAGCCUCUGUAUUCAAUUAUGAUCCUUUGACAAAAAACAUCUUAAUAAUUAAAGCAAAUACUUCUAAUUGUGUGUGUGAAUUUAGCUCAAAUACUGUAUACAUGGUCAAAAAAAAUACAGAUUGGGCCUUUUGUAUGUGUGGGCAUGGAAAUCGUGUUACGUUUACACUGUUGAGGUACGGACCCGCGUUUACAACGUUCGUUACAUCGACGGGUUGGAAGUUCUCAUGAAGGUUCUGUGUCAAAUUCAGCCCAAGCAAAGGCUGUUUGUAAGUUCAUCAUGUUGUUUGUGUCAAAAAUAAAUCAUUGUAAAAUUGUGUUUUUAAUGUAUUUAUAGAAAUAAAAUAACUUAUUCAUUCUA